GACGCCCGGCCUCGAAGACGUUGCUCUCUUCGUUGAGGCAGUGAUCAGUAAUCAACAUGUCAGGGUGGGACUCUUACUACAAAAACGAGGGCCAUGAAGAAGAAGAAGAAGAAGAAGAAGAAGAGGGCCUUGAAGCAGGUGGAGAAUAUGGAUAUUCAGGAAGAGAUAGUUUGAUUUUUUUGGUUGAUGCUUCUAGGGCCAUGUUUGAAUCUCAGGGUGCAGAUGAAUUAACUCCUUUUAACAUGAGCAUCCAGUGUAUCCAGAGUGUGUACACCAAUAAGAUCAUAAGCAGUGAUCGAGAUCUCCUGGCAGUGGUGUUCUAUGGGACCAGGAAGGACAAAAAUUCAGUGAAUUUCAAAAAUAUUUACGUCUUACAGGAGUUGGAUACUCCAGGUGCUCAACGAGUGGUGGCGCUUGAUGAGUUUAAGGGGCAGCAGGGACAGACACGUUUCCAAGACCGUAUUGGCUACGGAUGUGACUACUCACUAAGCGAAGUGCUGUGGGUCUGUGCCAACCUCUUCAGUGAUGUCCAGGUCAAGAUGAGCCAUAAGAGGAUCAUGCUGUUCACCAAUGAAGAUGACCCCCACGGCAGUGACAGUGCCAAAGCCAGCCGAGCCAGGACCAAAGCCGGGGAUCUCCGGGACACUGGUAUCUUCCUGGACUUGAUGCACCUGCGGAAACCCGGGGGCUUUGAUAUAUCCUUAUUCUACAGAGAUGUCAUCAGCGUAGCAGAGGAUGAGGACCUUGGUGUUCACUUCGAGGAAUCGAGCAAGCUGGAAGACCUGCUGCGGAAGGUUCUGGCCAAGGAGACCAGGAAGCGGGCCCUGUGCAGGUUGAAGCUUAAGUUCAAUAAAGAUAUAGCACUCACUGUUGGCAUUUAUAAUAUGGUCCAGAAGGCAGUCAAACCUUCUCCAUUGAGGCUUUAUCGGGAAACAAAUGAGCCAGUGAAAACCAAGACCCGGAGAUUUAAUGCAAAUACAGGCAGUUUGCUUCUGCCUAGUGACACCAAGAGGUCUCAGACCUUUGGGAAGCGUCAGAUUGUACUGGAGAAAGAGGAAACGGAAGAGCUCAAACGGUUUGAUGAACCAGGUUUGAUCCUCAUUGGUUUCAAGCCCUUGGUGAUGCUGAAGAAGCACCAUUACCUGCGGCCCUCCCUGUUCGUGUACCCCGAGGAGUCCCUGGUGAAUGGGAGCACAACCCUGUUCAAUGCGCUGCUCACCAAGUGUCUGGAGAAGGAUGUUGUGGCAGUGUGCAGAUACACCCCUCGCCAGAACAUCCCCCCUUAUUUUGUGGCCUUGAUACCACAGGAAGAGAAGCUGGAUGACCAGAAAGUUCAAGUGACUCCUCCAGGCUUCCAGCUGGUGUUCCUGCCCUAUGCUGAUGACAAACGGAAGGUGCCCUUUACUGAAAAAGUCACGGCAAACCCAGAGCAGAUAGACAAGAUGAAGGCUAUUGUUCAGAAGCUCCGCUUCAAAUACAGAAGUGACAGCUUUGAGAAUCCAGUGCUGCAGCAGCACUUUAGGAACCUGGAGGCCUUGGCUUUGGAUAAGAUGGAGCCUGAACAAGCAGUAGACCUGACAAUGCCCAAGAUUGAAGAAAUGGAUGAAAGACUUGGCUCUCUGGUCGAUGAGUUUAAGGAACUUGUCUACCCACCAGAUUACGAUUCUAAGGGAAAAGCUCCCAGGGAGAAACAAGGUAGUGAAGAUUCUGGAAGCAAAAGGCCCAAGGUAGAAUUUUCUGAAGAGGAGCUGAAGGCCCAUGUCAACAAGGGCACACUGGGGAAAUUCACUGUGCCGAUGCUUAAGGAAGCCUGCAGGGUUGUGGGGCUGAAGGGUGGGGUGAAGAAGCAGGAGCUGCUGGACAUGCUCACCAAGCACUUCCAGGACUGACUAGGGACUAGCCAGCCAGCCACCCUUCCACACUGUAGCCAGGUUGCCUAGUUUUGUUCUCUUCAAAUUAAACAAUGUUUCUCCUGAGCUGGGAAGAGUAGGCCUGCAAAAGCCAAGGGUUUUACCUUUAUGAGACUUUCUGUUGCUGUGGAGACAGCAUAGCCUUCCCACUUUGCUGUAUGUACUGUACUGUCUGAAUAAAGAGCCUUAACUUUGUUACUA